CACAAAAUGGAUCCCUUGUUUGCUGCUCACAGUCUAUUCAGGCGGCGUCGAUUCGAUGAGUGCGUAGACGUAUGUAGCCAACUUUUAGAAAAAUAUCCUUACGACCAAGCGGCGUGGUUUUUGAAAACUAGAGCUUUGACGGAGCAAGUGUACGUGGACGAGGUGGAUAUGGACGAGGAAGGUCUCGCUGAGAUGCUACUGGACGACAAUGCCAUAGCUCAAGUAUCCCGUCCUGGGACGUCUCUUCGAAGGGUUGGUACUAGUCAAGGGAUGCCAAGUCAAGGAGUCAGGCCCUUGUCUCAGUCCGGACGGCCAUUGAGUGGGUUUGUUCGUCCGGGUACUCAAUCGGCUAGACCGGGUACUAUGGAGCAGGCAAUAAGAACGGCGAGGACUGCGAGGACUGCAAGACCAGUCACCAGCGCAUCAGGUCGUCACGUGAGGCUCGGAACGGCAUCGAUGUUGUCCGAACCAGAUGGACCUUUCAUCAACGUGUCGAAGCUCAACCUUGUGAAGUAUGCUCGAAGACCUAAUCUGUCUAAGGCUCUGUUUGAGUACAUAUUUCACAAGGAGAACGAUGUUAGGAAUGCAUUGGAGCUUGCAGCUAAAGCUACUGAAGCUUGUGAGUACAAGGACUGGUGGUGGAAAGUGCAGCUCGGCAAAUGUUACUUUCGUUUGGGCAUGUUUCGAGAGGCCGAGCAGCAGCUGAAGUCGGCACUGAAACAGCAAGAGAUGGUUGAUACGUUUUUGCACUUGUGUAAAGUGUAUGUGCGCUUGGAUGAGCCGUUGAAGGCGAUAGAGUGUUUCACGAAGGGCUUGGAAAGAUUUCCAGGGGAGGUCUCGUUGCUCACAAGGCUUGCUCGAAUUCAUGAGGGUGUUGGUGAAACAGACACGUCGGUUGAAAAAUACAAAGAAGUGCUGAAGUACGACAGCAUGCAUGUGGAAGCCAUUGCUUGUGUGGCAACGCAUCACUUCUAUACUGAUAUGCCUGAGAUUGCCUUGCUAUUCUACAGGCGACUUUUACAAAUGGGUGUGUAUAGCACAGAACUGUUCAACAAUCUGGGUCUUUGCAGCUACUAUGCACAACAGUUUGAUGUAGCCGUCGACUGUUUUUCUCGAGCUCUUGAACUGGCGUCCGACGAUGAAAUGUCUGACGUGUGGUACAACAUUGGACACAUUGCGGUGAACAUUGGUGAUACUGACCUCGCAUAUCGAUGCUUCAGGCUUGCUAUAGCUGUCAACAAUGAUCAUGCAGAGUCAUACAACAAUCUUGGGGUUUUGGAGCUGAGAAAGGGUCGUGUUGAUCAGGCACGAGCUUUGUUUCAGCAGAGUUUGUCGUUGGCUCCUCAUUUUUAUGAACCUCAUUUCAACUCUGCUGCAAUGGAAGAGCAAGCUGGGAACUUACAGAGCAGCUACAAUUCUGCUCUCAAGUCACUGACAGCAUUUCCUGAUCACGUCGAUUCAAAGGAGCUACUAAAGAGACUAAAGGACUAUUUUGCUGCUGUGUAACUGUAACUCUGUAUUUAGUUGUAUCCACACAUCAAGUGACUUGCAUCUCACUUAUCUUAAUUUAACUUAAUUAAACUGUUACUUUGUUUGAAUAGCAUUAAUAUCAAUUAAAAUUCUGAAAAUAGUUAGACUCAGAAU